UUCCCUCCAGUAGUUUGUCUCUGCCCCUCCCACAAUGGGGAGAUUUCCCUACAGUAGUUUGUGUCUCUGCCCCUCCCACAAUGGGGAGAUUUCUCCAUAGUAGAUUUGUGUCUCUGCCCCUCCCACAAUGGGGAGAUUUCUCCAUAGUAGUUUGUGUCUCUGCCCCUCCCACAAUGGGGAGAUUUCUUCCAGUAGUUUGUGUCUCUGCCCCUCCCACAAUGGGGAGAUUAUCCCCCAGUAGUUUGUGUCUCUGCCCCUCCCACAAUGGGGAAUUUCCCCCAGUAGUUGUGUCUCUGCCCCUCCCACAAUGGGGAGAUUUCCCUCCACUAGUUUGU